CAUGGAACUGUUCGAUCUCAAAUAUGCGCAAUUGCUCCUCUACCUGAUCUUGACACAGUUUACCAAACAAUUGUUCAAAACGAAACAAUUCAUUCUGGAAUAUCCAAAGAUGCUGAGCUAAUGAGUUUUGCUACUCAAGUUUCAAGAUCCACUAGCUCUCCACUGAUCCGAGAUACGUCUAAAAUCGCCGCUUCUUCAUCCAAUUCAUUCAAUCCUCGCUUCGGACCUGGAAACCGUGACCCCUCACGAUAUUGCACUAGUUGUGGACGCACGGGCCAUGAAGUAUCAGCGUGUUUUCAAGUUGUUGGCUAUCCCGAUUGGUGGGAAGAUCGUCCUCGCUCUAAGCCAGAUUCACGAAGCUUUGGACGUGGACGUGGACGAAAUUCUCAACCACGAGCUAACAACACUGAAAUUGUCUCCGCUAAUGUUGUCACUACCACUCCUAAUAAGCCACUGACAGAUGCGGAUCGUCAAGGCUUUCAUGGCUUCACCGAUGAACAAUGGAGCACUAUUCAACGUGUUUAUGGGACAGGCAACUCCAAUGAUCGUCUAAGUGGACCGAAUUACCAGGACGCUGAUUGGAAUAGGUGGACGUGAGGGAGAAGGACUGUACCGGUUCCGCGAGAUUGAGAUUGUGGCAUCUAAUCAGACAAGUAUUCAUAAGGACGUCUCUUUGUGGCAUUUGCGUUUGGGUCAUCCUUCAUCUCGGGUUCUCGAUAAGAUUCCUGGUGUUAAAGAUUUAUCUACUAUUAGUUCUGAAGUUUUAGAUAAAAGUUGUGAAAUUUGCUUCCAAGCCAAACAGACUCGUCAAUGUUUUCCAGAUUCUUUGAAUAACGCAAAAGAGAUUUUUGAUUUAAA